CCCCUAUAAAAGCAAUUGCGCCUCCUGGUAUAAACCGCAACCACCUGUUGACAAGAUGGCGAUGGCAUCCGCGUCUGAGCCUACAGCUACGGCGGCGGAGGGAUCUGCGCGGGUGCCCGCGCUUCCGGGCGCAGUUGGUCCCGAGAUCGCCUUCUUCCGUGUGCAGACCUCAGUCCCGAAGCGGGCGGGGCAGAGGUACGCGCUGCUCGAGUUCGGCGCCAUCCUCAUCUGCCCGCGCCGCCUCGUCGAGGUCGCGCCCUACACCACGCUCGUCCGCCCCGCCGACCCGGCCUCUGCCGUCUCUGCCACGUCCGUGCUGUUCAACGGCAUCACGCGGGACGACCUCUCAAGGGCGCCGAGCUUCCGUGACGUCGCCGACGACGUCUACGACAUCCUGCACGGGCGGGUCUGGGCAGGGCACAACAUUAAGAGGUUUGAUUGGCCAAGAAUAAGGGAGGCAUUCUCUGAGAUUAGUCGGCCACCUCCUGAACCAAAGGGGUUCAUUGACACAUUACCUCUGCUUACCCAGCGGUUUGGGAGGAGAGCAGGGGACAUGAAGAUGGCAAGCUUAGCUAAUUACUUCGACCUAGGGAGGCAAAUGAAGAGGAGUCUUGAUUAUGUUAGACUGAAUCUUGAAGUUCUCAAGUCUUGUGCUACAGUGCUUUUCCUGGAGGCAAGUCAUCCAGAGGUUCAGUGGACAACUUCUCCGGUUGACAUUACGAUGCCAGAGGGAUAUAAUCAGGGAACAAGUAAAUCUGUUGAGUUUGUAUCCCAUAUCGAGGAAAUGAAGUUAGAUGCCACUACACAGAUGGAUGCAAGUUCCCGUGGCUAUUCUGGGUUUGUUGAGCCAGAUGAUGUUUCACCUGAGUUCAUCAAAAUCUCAGUUGCUCCAUCACAGCAAUUUGGUCGGAGAACAUUUAUCCAACACAAGGAUACCCCACUGCAACUUUGUUGUGCAGGGUUGAAUGUCCAAUUUGGGGUCAGUGCAAAGUUCCUAGACAAUGCAGGUUGGCCAAAGCUGAGCAUAGUGGUUGAGAUCCCUGAGAAUAUCAGUAAACUUUUAGAAUUCUGUGAUGAUCUUGCUCGGAGGUCAUCUCAGGAAUCCGGCAGCACUUCUGAAUGGAGACCCCUGAUCAAGAAGUAUGGAUACAUGAAUUAUCCGAUUGUCCGCCUAAACAUCCCUACUACGAUCAGCGGUUACUCUGCGAUGUACUCAACAGAUAUAUACCAGAAAGAGCCUAGUGGUAACAUUCAGAAGCUUGUUUUUAGCAAGGUUGAUGCUGCAAACUUGGACCCUUUGUUUGUUCAAGGGAACAUGGUGGAUGCCGUCUUCUCACUGGAACUAUAUGACUACCAGCAAAAUGCUGGCAUUCGGUUGAUUGCAAAGAGGCUGAUUGUGCAUUUCAAAUAGCACCAUAUUUGUGUGUGUGUGUAUGUAUAUACAUGUAUUAAUGUGUGUGUGUUUCAUAAAGGGGUACUUUUGAUCAAAGAUAAUCUAGCUAAUAGACAAUGGCAAGAAAAUUAGAAGUGUUGUUUUUGUCAUAAAAUGGGACGAUUAAGCAUCUCUUUUUUGACUGUCGAUUCA